AUGAGCGUCACAACUUUUACGUCUGACCCGGGGACCACCCUCUUGCGUUUCGCCUCCGGGAACGGACCGGUAACCCGCCGCAUCCUUCGGACUCCGCUCCGCGAUGCUCUUCCUACCGAGAUCCCAGUCAUCGACGUCUCGCUCGCAUUUAGCCCCGAACUUACAGACCGGAAGAUUGUAGCGCAACAGAUCCGCGACGCUGCUACGACAUCCGGCUUCUUCUACCUGGUCAACCAUGGCAUCGCCCCUUCAGUCACCGAUUCAGCUCAUACGGCCUGCCUAGAAUACUUUCGCCAGGAUGAAGAGACCAAGAUGCGCUCGUGGGUUGGCAAGAGUCGCUACUUCAAUGGCUACAAACCGCCUGGAUCCCAGCGGAUCAACAAGUCAGAGAGCGUCGAUGUCCGCGAGUCAUUCAGCUGGACAUACGACCCUCGCCACGACCCUGAUGUGGCCGACGUCGAUGCCAUUCCCGAGGAGGCGAAAAAGCUUUUGCGGAUUGAGGACUUUCACUGGGAUGGCACGGCCAAUCAGCCAGACUUCAAAGAAGCCAUUAUUCGGUAUUGGCAAUCCUGCUUGAAGCUCGCUCGCGUCCUAGUCCGCUCCUUUGCGCUAUCGCUUGAUCUACCUGAGGAUCACUUUGAUGCAAAGUUCGCGUACCCUGAUGCUGCGCUGGCGCUGAACUACUACCCGCCUCUCAGUUCCUCGGCCAUCGUGGAUUCGGACUCCAAUAAGACAGUUUCCAUAGGAUCACACACAGACUUUCAGCUUUUUACCAUUCUAUGGCAAGACUCAGUCGGGGGCCUGCAGGUACUAAACCGCCAGGGGCAAUGGAUCAGGGCCGCACCCAUCCCUGGAACGUUUGUCGUCAACAUUGCCGACUACCUGCAGCGCAUCACAAAUGAUCUCUACGUCAGCACAGUGCAUCGAGCCCAGAACUUGAGUGGAGAAGAGCGCAUCAGUAUGCCCUUCUUCUUUGGCUUUGGCCUGCAUGAAAGCUGUGGCGUGAUCGACACCUGCGUCAAGGAAGGGGAGCAGCCAAAGUACGAAGAGAUCGGCUGUGAAGCUUGGGUCCAACGGAGAGCCCGGGCGAUGCACCAGGUUGAAUCUGAUGACGAAAACGACUGUGCGCAGUGA